GUAACACGUGUUGUGUUUUGUAACUCUUUACGAUCGAUUACAAAACAAAUUGUCAAUAUUUUCUACUGGUGCAGGCAAGACUGUAUAAAGGUAGGUCACCAAACAGGCAUGGCUCAUACUUGCAUUCACUGGUUCCGCAAGGGGCUCCGACUGCACGACAAUCCUGCACUUGUGGCUGCAUUGCGGGACUGCAAGGAGAUCUACCCUGUGUUUGUUCUGGACCCCUGUGCCCCCAACAACGUCAAAAUUGGCAUCAACCGAUGGAAGUUCCUCAUAGGAGCCCUUAAAGACUUGGAUUGCAGCCUGAGGAAACUCAAUUCUAGGCUGUUUGUGGUGAGAGGUAAGCCAGAGGAGGUCUUUCCUAAGCUGUUCCAGAAGUGGAAGGUGACGCGGUUGACAUAUGAGUAUGACACAGAGCCCUUCAGCCUCCGCCGGGACAAGGAGGUGGUCCGGUUAGCUGAAGAGCACGGAGUAGAAAUCAUCUACAAAGUCUCCCACACACUCUACAACAUAGACAGGAUAAUUGAAGAGAACAACGGGAAGGCUCCCCUGACCUACAAUCGGCUGCAGACCCUUGUCAGUAGUAUCGGUCCCCCCAAAAGGCCUAUCCCCGCUCCAACCAGUGAUGACAUGAAGGAUGUAAAGACUCCGUGCUCAGAGAAACAUGAGGAACACUAUGGCAUCUCCACGUUAGAGAAGUUGUAUCAGGAUCCAGAGUCUUUGACUGAGGAGCUGUUCCCCGGUGGAGAGCAAGAGGCUCUGCUGAGACUGGACCAACACAUGGAGAGAAAGGAAUGGGUGUGUGGCUUUGAGAAACCACAGACAUCCCCAAACUCCCUGAGCCCCAGCACCACCGUCCUCAGCCCUUAUAUGACAUUUGGCUGCCUGUCAGUACGCACCUUCUGGUGGAGUCUAACUGACGUCUACCAAGGGAAGAAGCACUCCAAGCCUCCCGUCUCGCUGCAUGGCCAGCUGCUGUGGAGAGAGUUCUUCUACACAGCCGGCCUGGGCAUCCCCAACUUUGACAAGAUGGAGGGAAACCCGGUGUGUACACAGGUGGACUGGGACAGCAACCCUGAGUAUCUGGCUGCAUGGGCAGAGGCCAGGACUGGUUUCCCCUUCAUCGAUGCCAUCAUGACCCAGCUGAGGCAAGAGGGCUGGAUCCACCACCUGGCCCGGCACGCCGUGGCCUGCUUCCUGACCAGAGGAGACCUGUGGAUCAGCUGGGAGGAGGGCCAGAAGGUAUUUGAGGAACUCUUAUUGGAUGGAGACUGGUCCCUGAAUGCUGGGAACUGGCAGUGGCUCUCUGCUAGUACUUUCUUUCACCAGUUCUUCAGGGUCUACUCACCCAUCGUCUUUGGGAAAAAAACUGACAAAAACGGAGACUACAUCAAGAAAUACCUGCCCCACUUGAAGAAGUACCCAGCUCAGUACAUCUACGAGCCGUGGAAGGCUCCCCGCAGCGUCCAGGAGGCAGCAGGGUGCAUCGUAGGUAAGGACUACCCGCGGCCCAUAGUGGAGCACAAGGUGAUCAGAAAGAAGAACAUCCAGAGGAUGAAGGCAGCCUAUGCAAAGAGAUCCCCACAUUCCAGUGAUGAGACACCCAGCAAGGAGAAAGGUUUGUUUCCCCUAAGUACAGCUAUAGGAUCAGCUUCCCCUAACCUUAACCAUAGUAUAGGAUAACACAGAGCGCCAUAUUCUGACUUUGGAUCUGCAUGCUCAAACUUACAUGCAAAUCUCCCAUUGAUAUCAAUAAAUGAUAUGCGAAAGUACAAGUAGUGCACAUGGACCAAGUCAGAAUAUCACCCUGAAUGCCUUACAAAUGACUACUUAAAUCGCUAGUACUGACAACUAACGUUACGGUUGAUGAAAGGACUAAUUGUCGGUAUUUAGGACAGGGACUGCAGAUGAGCUGUUCCUUGUCCUAAUAAACAUGUACUGCUAUAUCCUUGAUGGAAUGAUUCAUUGGAUAUCAUUGUUUGCAAUUAAGGAUGUGACAAAUGUACACAUUUUCUUAGUGUUUAAACUGCCAUUUAUCAUUAAAGCGUUUAAUAAAAAAUUAAAAAAUCUAAACGCAGUCCUGGCUACCUACCCAAAGGCACUCCCCUUACUGCUGUCCCCCAUUCACUCACUAAUGAUGGUAUAAAUGCAGUUUUAGGCUCUCUUUGUGCCUCUCCUCCAUUUUCUCAGUACAUGGGACUUCAUGUCACACUUCUCAUCAAUAUGAUGACUCGUUGCAGAGUUCAUAGACGUCCAACAAUGGUGUUUGAGAGCAAUCGUUGUACAUUUCUCCAUCAGGUCCGUGGUGGUUUUUCGACAUGGCAUCUUACUAGUCUGGUUCUAGAUAUGCCAUUAGGGUAUUGAAGUAGACAUCCUCUACCAUUGACAAUGGUUGAAAUCAUUGAUUUUUUUUUCACUCUGUCCCUUAUCCCACUGCUGCCAGCAACAGCAUGGGUCUCACGGUGCAUCCCUUUCAGCAUUGCACCAGUACUGCUACUGUAGCUCAAUUCCCUCUCAAAGUUAACAUUUCAUCACCUUCUCAUUUAACUAAAGUAUUGCCAUACAGGACUUAGCUGCUGUUGCUUUCAUGUCUCUGCCAUUUUCCCAACUAAUAAUGACAAUGAGGUGUGGAGUGCUUUAUCAGUGGCAAACAAUUAGAAAGAUGCAUGUCAUCUUCUAUUUACAGUAUUGUUGUAGCAUUAUUUGCACACAAAAAAAUCUAAAGGUUGACAAUCCCAAAUUCAUUUAAAACAUCACACCCCUAUUUGCUAUGGUUUGAAUUUAUAGAAGUGGACUAACUCUUUCUCUUGCUUUUGAAGGUAAAAAACACAAAGCGCCAUCUGUAUUGGAUAUGCUGAUAAAGAAGAAGAAAUGAUAUUGUUUUGGAGACGUGUUCAUCUACUCCAAUUAGAGCUUGAGUGGAAGCUGUCAUGUUACAUUUUGUCUAUCGGUUUACAUGUCACAUUUACAUUAUGACUUUCAAUGUAUGGGAAUUGGUGGGCUUUUUCCCCAGUAUGUGCUGAAAAUAAAAACUCUUUGGCUAAACAUUCAAACAA